UUACUAACCAUGAAUUUUCAAACGUGUUUUGCGCUUUUGUACGUCCUGAACACAUCAACAAAAUAACAAAUUAGGCGUAUUAAGGACAUAAGUUAUACAAUGUUUAAUUAUCUAUCUCAAUAUUUUAAAUUGUUUGUUUUUCAAAUGGCAGUCCUUAAACCAGAAAAUCAAUCUCUAAAGAAAAGUGGUAAACGUGAAGAUUAUCUGAGUUGGGAUGAAUAUUUUAUGGCCACAGCUAUCCUUGCUGCUAAAAGAAGUAAAGAUCCGUCAACACAAGUUGGUGCUUGCAUAGUAAAUGAUAAAAAACAAAUCGUUGGUGUAGGCUAUAAUGGAAUGCCACGAGGAUGCAGUGAUGAUGAAUUUCCUUGGGGAAAGGGCAAUGCCGACGAACUUAAGAAUAAAUAUUAUUAUGUUUGUCAUGCAGAAAUGAAUGCAAUUUUAAAUAAAAAUUCAGCUGGUGUAGAAAACUGCCGAAUGUAUGUAGCAUUGUUUCCAUGCAAUGAAUGUGCAAAAUUCAUUAUUCAAAGUGGCAUCAGAGAAAUUGUGUACAUGUCUGAUAAAGACCAUGACAAAAAUAGGACUAUUGCCUCAAAAAGAAUGUUGGAUGCUGCUGGUGUUAAGUACUGGCCGUUUACACCCCAACAUAAAACAAUUGAUAUAGAUUUUUCCAAAAUUGAUUGGAACCACAUGUCUCAAUGCUAACCAAGUGCACUAAUCAAAAACUAAAAAACGUAAUUAAGUUAAAUAAGCAUAAAGUGCACUUAGGAUUAGGAGAUCCAAAAAAAGGUAAUAUUUUAUUCAAGUUUUAAUUUGACCUGAGCCAGUCUUCAAAUUUCCUAAAAAC